AGGCCCGCUUUCACCUCAUUCCCCAAGGACCUGAAGGUUGGCCAGCCCGUUACGGUGACCUGGGCUGGAGGCAACCCUAAUGCUGUAUGUUUUCCAUUCUUCAUUGAAAAUGCAUUGAGGAAGACACAGUACUGACACACCAUUUAUUAGCCCUUUGACAUUACUUUGCGCCAGGGUCCAAGUGACGACCUCCAUGAUGUCAUUGUCGUGUGUGGUAAGUCUUUUAGCCGAGUGUUAUGAUAUACCCAGCGCAAAAGACAGAUACUAACAUGAUAUCAGCCCAAGCAACUGGCGGCUCCUGCACCUUUACUCUGCCUUCAUCCCUCCCCUCAGGCGCCAACUAUGCUCUCCAGAUCAAGCAGGGUGGUGACGUCAACUACACCGGCCUCUUCAGUAUCUCUGGCGGCCACGGUACUCCAUCGUCUGCCCCUGCUUCCACCACCACUGCCGCUCCUUCGUCUAGCUCUUCUGGCGAGCCCACAAAGCCAGUAACCAAGCCAGCCGUUACCUCCACCACUCAUGCCAGCAUGACCAUGACCAACUCUGCCAACCAUACCACCAUGACCACCAUGACGAGCAAGCCCAGCUCUGCCACCCCAAGCAUGGGAACUGCCACCACCACCAGCGACCGCAACACCACCAUGUCUUCGCAAACCCUCACUUCCCAGUCCGAGAGUGCUACUUUCACUCCAAGUGCUACUCCAACUGGAAACGCAGCCUCCCUGACCGCCUUGUCCAGCCCGCUCGCGCUCAUCAUGGCCGGUCUCGUCGCCUUCGCUUAUCUCAACUAAGCAUCGCGCUCUUUCUGAGCUCCGAACAUGGAAGACGUCCAUCUCCUGUUCACCACUUUUCUUAUUUGUCGCUAUUGAUUUGAUUCUGAUUGAUGUGCCUACUUAACUUCUUAACUGUGUCCACCCUCUAUUUGCAUGGCUGGCUCUUCACGAUGUGAUUUGAUUGACCGAUUGAUCCUUGAAAAACCUCUUAUGCCAUUACUUUUUGCUCUCUCUACCUCUUCUACAUUUACUUCUUAAACUUUAAUACCUUUUCUCUUCUUCGGUGGGUGGGCUCAAUCCUCUACCUUUUGUUUUUAUUACCAUUUGCGACGGAGUUUGAUCGAUGAUUGGAUGUACAUAGCGGAACGAGACAGGACAAGGACACACACACACACACACACUACCUCUUACCACCACAUACUCACAUAGUACUGUACGCUGCAUUUAUCAUGCUAUCCUAACAAGCUGUUACCUUUUUUUCUUCCAUCUUGCAAAUCUCCUUCCAAUCGAGUCUUUGCCUCCUAUCUGUCUCCCUCCUGCCUUUCAGUCCCUUCAUCAAUCAAUUCCACGUAUCUUCAUCUCGUCCAGCCGAACCUUAUUGCUUUUUGCAUUGCUCGUGUUGCCGUGCUUUGGGCGUGCUUGUGCACCAGGCUUGAGCCAUCCAUCUCUCCCGCCUCCAUCUCCCUCCCCAAACUUGACUCCUUACCGUCCUUAUUGAACUCUAUCCCAUUUUGCAGCGUUGUGCACGUUUGGUCUUCCCACGGCUAUUGGGUGGCAAUGUUGGACGAGAGUGGAGAGAUUGAUUUGAUAGAGGGUGGACGAGCAAUAUAUUUAUAUCAUUUAUACGCGGCGGCGCGUACGUGUAGAUGUCUGAUAUAGAAUGCUCAGAUAGCCAUCUAUGCUUCAACGAGAUCAAGACGGAACAAGAUAGAAACUAAGCCUUGCAGUCAGCCCGCACCUCUUAAGCUCUGAUGUCCUCUUGUUCAUGUGCUGGGUAUCCGUGGCCAUUGGUGUGAGUGAGAUUGGUAUAAGGGGUUGUAUUUUUACCCCUGGAUUCCCUACCAUCCCACGACAGGCAUCUAGUGACGCCAAAAAUUCAGUGACCGGUUAACAUCUCUUCCUGUUGUUCAUGUGUUUGUUUACCGAUGGUGCAAGCUCACGUUCAAGGUAUCGUUGCCGCGAGUUAAUUGAUUACGACAAACCGUCAUCAGCAUAUUGAUAGGGUUCGACACGGGUAUCGAGCCUCGAAUUAUGAUUUCAAGAUCAAAGCUCAUUAUUACUUACAGCUUCUCCAUAACUGCUCCAUAUAAAGUUGUCGAUGGCUUGCAGACUAUCUAGUAUCUUGUUCCCCACAGUUGUGGCUGAUAUAUUAUAUGCUCCUGUUUGCGGGAGGGCUAUUCAAUGGAAGAAGAAGAAGCUUCAAUUAAUAUAAAAAGUUAUCGGCUUGAGGGGGUAAAUCGGCCGACUUGCUACUUCCUCGUUAUAUCCUGCUCUUGAAAUUAAUUAUUGUAUAAAACCAGCUUUCAGAUCAUAGCGAGGACUAGGAUUG